UGGGGAAUCAAGGGCAGGUUCCCGGCCCCGGGAAGGCCCGGAGUGGCGGGAAGAGGCGGAUCGCGCCGGCCGCAGGUGGCGGAGGGGCAGGCGGAGUGCUGUCCCUCGGGGAAGUAAGGAGGACCUGGAUGAUAACAGUAGCAACGAUGGCAGUCGGGAGACCCCCGUCUUCCCCUGGGUGGAAUCACGGGUUUCUUGGGAGCCUGGAGGUGGGAGGAACGUCCAGCCCAACGCCCAGGGCGUGGUGGGAAGUGGACGCCUGGGGGCCGGGAGGACCUACUUAGUAUAAGAAAAGGAGAGCCAUUAGUGGCCCGGAGGAAUUGAAAGAAAACUGACCUGCCCCCAGGGGCGGAGGAGAGGCGUGUUUAGGGUUCGUACCUGCUCAGGUGGCCCCAUUUAACAAAUUUGCCUCAAGACAGGGCAUCCCAAGGUAUGUGCCUGGUCACGUCUGUUCUCUGCUCAGUUGGGUCCUGCCCUUGGCUGUUAACCUGUUAACUCAGCUGGUUCCCUACCCUGGCAGCUGCAAAGGGUUGGCCCAAUGUUGCUUGUCCACUGAGCUCCUCCUUUCUCAUUUUCUUAAAGCGUGCCCUGAGGCCCCAAGCAGGGAGAUCAAUGAAUCCCCUUCCUCUGCCUGGACCUAAAUGAUGAGAUCUAGUCUAAAGGGUCACACCUUGGCUCCAAAACCCUCAAGGGCUUCCCCUGGACUGUGGAAAAAGUUUGUCCUUGUCAUAGGGUAGGGUGAGGGCCCCUGCUCCAUUGGCUGUAGGCCCUGUUGGCUCCCUUGCCUGCCACUCUGCAACCUGUAUCAGCCAGCAUAAUGCAGACUCCAUUGGCCAUUCCUGUGCCUGUGCUCCGGCUCCCCCGGGGCCCCGACGGCUUGAGUCGUGGCUUUGCCCCUGAUGGACGCAGGGCCCCUCUGAAGCGCGUAGCUACUGAAAUCCAAGAGUGUCCCAUCCUUCAAGAAUCUCCAGAAUCCCAGGAACAGCGGGCCCGAGCUGCCCUUCGGGAGCGCUACCUCCGCAGCCUGCUGGCCAUGGUGGGUCGCCAGGUGAGCUUCACACUGCACGAGGGUGUGCAUGUGACUGCCCACUUUGGAGCCACUGACCUGGAUGUGGCCAACUUCUACGUGUCGCAGCUGCAGACUCCCAUAGGUGUGCAGGCUGAGGCACUGCUUCGAUGUAGUGACAUUAUUUCAUACACCUUCAAGCUGUGAAGACAAUAUUGUGGUCACCCUUCUGCUGUGGGCUUAGCCACAGUAUCGCAGGCCUCCAAGUGUUCCUGAGCCAGGCACUGUGGACCCCACAGAGUUCUGAGCUCCCUGGGAAUUUUGAACCAAGCACCUCUGGAUUUUUGAGGCCUCCAGGGUCUAGUUGUAAAAGUCUGCAACCCUAGGAAUUCCAGAUCUCGUUGAAAGGAAUGCUCUACCUUGCAGAACUCUGGACUCUACAGAAAUAUGGGCCAGUGCCAGUUCCUGAAGACCCGGGUGGGAGGGUGGGGGCUGGAGAAAGAUGAACUGCAUUGGAGAGGUUGCAGAAUUCAACCACCCUGAAGAUAACGCCCCAAAGCUCCCCUCCUGCCAAAUAACCAAUUAUCCCAGGAAAAUUUGACUCCUGUUUUUCAUUUUCUAUGUACUCCAUGGGGGAUGGAGUCAAAUUUAGGAGUUGUUAGAAUGGUUAUCCAAGGGCGGAAUCCUGUGGGGCUGGAUACAGAUGGUGAGGAGCUUGGAUAAAGGUGCAGGGAUUGUGUCACCCCGGGUCCCAGGGAUGGCUGGAGACCCCUGAAUGGGGGCUCAGGACCUAAUUUUGGGGUGGGCCCGAUGGACCUUUAUAAGGCGACGGGCAUGGCUCUUAUUGAGUCACUUGGUCCUGCACAGGUGCUCAUGGCAAGCUGCAGACUUUGCUUUUCUGUUCCACACUGGGGGGGAUGCUGUGAUCUUGUGUGGUGGUGUCACUAAGAAGAGGCUGGAGAUUAAAAGAUAGCCUGAAGCUUUGA